UGUAACGUCUCCAACCUUUGUUCUUCCAGGGGAUCUUCUCUGAUCAAGCUAUGGUGAACAAUGUUUCGGAAAGGCAAGAAACGACAUAGUAGCAGCAGUUCCCAAAGCAGUGAAAUCAGUACUAAGAGCAAGGACAAAGCAACAAUUCUGAUACCUGUGCAGAAUUUAGAAUAAAAUACGUUGGUGCCAUUGAGAAACUGAAACUCUCCGAGGGAAAACGUCUUGAAGGGCCACUAGAUCUGAUUAAUUAUAUCGAUGUCGCCCAGCAAGAUGGAAAGCUGCCUUUCGUUCCUCUGGAGGAAGAGUUGAUCAUGGGAGUGUCGAAGUACGGUAUUAAAGUAUCCACGUCAGAUCAGUAUGACGUGUUGCACAGGCACGCCCUCUACCUGAUCAUCCGGAUGGUGUGUUAUGACGACGGCCUCGGGGCGGGGAAAAGCCUGCUGGCGCUGAAGACCACAGACGCGCGCAACGAGGAGUACAGCCUAUGGGUGUAUCAGUGCGGCAGCCUGGAGCAAGCACAAGCGAUUUGCAAAGUGUUAUCCACCGCUUUCGACUCCGUGUUGACAUCUGAGAAGCCCUGACUCCUGCGACCACAGGGACGCCAGCAGCCGUUCCGCAGUGGUCGGUUUCCAGCCUGCGGUGCGGACUGCCUCGGAAGGAACAGCAGUGUACACAGCAUCUGUCAUUUGUUGUUACGUUCAAGUGUGCUGCAUUAAAAGUGAGUUAUCUUUCAAUGGCA